AUGCGUUUCCACGUCCCGGUCUUUGCUGCCGUGCUCGCCGGCGCCACAGCAGCCACUCUGAACGAUGUCUGCACGCCAUCGUACGUGCGGGCACAUCUCCCGCCACCGGGCUUCUACCAAGGCGUGAGUCUUGAUCCGUCGUCCGUCACCGCGAACCCGGUGACCCAAGUCAGCGUGGCCGACAACGACUUCUUCCCCGAUGCCACCUUCGACUACUGUAACGUCAGCUUCACAUAUUCGCAUGACGGUCUGGAGGAUGACCGAGUGGCUCUGACGUACUGGCUGCCCGCACCUGGCGCGUUCCAGAAUCGCUUCCUGGCCACGGGCGGAGGCGGCUACGCGAUCAAUUCGGGCAACGGGUCACUGCCCGGUGGAAUCAUCUAUGGCGCUGUUUCCGGACUGACCGACGCCGGGUUUGGCGCCGCGCAGAGCAACACGAUCACACAGUGGCUGGACGCCAACGGCACGCUCAACUGGCACAAGGUGCAUAUGUUUGGCUACCAGGGGAUCCGGGAGAUGAGCGAGCUGGGCAAGGCAUUUACUACGUUGUUCUUCAACAUGACGCAGAUGAACACGACCCUAUAUACAUACUGGCAGGGCUGUUCCGAAGGCGGUCGCGAGGGCUGGAGCCAGGUGCAGCGAUACGCGGACUCGUUCGAUGGCGCGAUUGUCGGGGCGCCGGCGUUUCGGUGGUCGUUCCAGCAGACCCAGCUUCUGUAUCCGAACGUGGUCGAGCAGACCAUGGGCUACUACCCGUCGCCGUGUGAGUUGCAGAAGAUCGUCAACGAGACCAUCAUCAGCUGCGACCCGCUCGACGGGAAGAUAGACGGCGUGGUCGCGCGCACGGAUCUGUGCUACACGCAAUACGUCGAGGCCGACAACUUUUCCAUGAUUGCCGGGCAGCCGUACUCCUGUCCCGCCACGCCGGCAAAUGCAGUUGCUGGCUCACCUGCAAUCCCCACGCAGCAAGGGAACGUGACGAAGCAAGCCGUUGACGUGGCGAGGAAAAUCCUCCAAGGCCUGCACGACACGCAGGGCCGACGCGUCUACUUUGCCCCCGCGCCGGGAGCGCAGAUGACCGAAGCAACAACGGGCUACAACGCCACGACAGGGCAAUGGGGUCUCAGCGUCAUCAGUCUAGGCGGCGUCUUUGUCGAGGUGGAGAUCAACCUGCGCAACGGCUCGAACCUGCCCAACCUCGACGGCGUGACCUACGACACCUUGAAGGACUGGAUCACCGUGGGCAUGCAGCGGUUCCAAGGCGUGCUGGAAACAACCUGGCCGGACCUCACUGCUUACAAAGAGGCCGGCGGCAAGGUGCUCAUGUUCCACGGCGAGGCGGACUGGGGCAUCCCCACGGCGUCGAGCGUGCGGUACUGGGAAUCCGUGCGCAAGAUCAUGAACCCCGGCAAAAGCUACAAUGAGUCCACUGCGGCGCAGAACGAGUUCUUCAAGCUCUUCCUCGUGCCGGGCGCGACGCACUGCGCGGCGAACCCCGCGCAGCCGGAUGGGCCGUUCCCGCAGACAAACUUGGCCGUGAUGAUCGAUUGGGUUGAAAAUGGCGUCGCGCCGGAGACGUUGAAUGCCACGGUGCUGAUGGGCGAGAAUAAGGGGCAGAAUCAACAGAUCUGUGCGUGGCCGCUGCGGCCGGUGUGGCGGGGGGGCAAUAAUGCGACGAAUGCCAAUCCGGAGUGCCGGUUCGACCAGAGCAGUGUCGACUAUUGGAAUUAUGACCUUGAUGCGUUCAAGGUGCCGAUCUAUUAG